UCUUCCUUACAAGGCUAAAGCUAGAAGCUUUCCUCUGUCUGUCUCAGUCUUUUAAAAGCGGCAGAGCAAGUGCUGGGAUCACGUUGUUGGAGCACAAAUAGGAUUUGGAAGGAUGGGGAGAGAGUAACUGGUUGGAGCCUCUUGGAGCGCAGUCCAGAGCAGGCAGAUGCUCUUUAGCUCCAGCAGAGGAUGGGAGUGGAAAAUCAUUAUGCUCUAUAAAUCCUAGAGCCAGGUGUCCUUUUGAUCUGAACCUUCCAAAGAACCGAGAGCAACACGUGAAACCAGCCAAAAAUCAUCGAGGAGAAAAAUGCAGCACGACGGGUAAAGCAGAAGAAGGCUCAUUCAAAAUCCCCGCUGGGAGCUGUGACAAAUCAUGAACCCAAUGGGUUAUUUUUCUUAUAAAUGACAACAGCAGAUUCUCAUCAGCGACAUUGGAGCAGAUUUCCAACAGGAGCACCCUGAACCCUUGGAUUCCAUUGUCAGAGAUGGAGGUGCUACGCCGCUCCUCAGUCUUCGCUGCGGAGGUGAUGGAGGUCUUUGACCGAUCUCCCACUGACAAGGAGCUGGUGUCCCAGGCCAAGGUGCUCUGUAGAGACUACAUACAUUCCAGGUUGAUUCGGGUUGGCAUCGGCUGGAGCAAACCUGAAUACAGUGCACCUUUCCCCGGUGGCAAGCUGGCAGAGGUGUCCAGUAUACUUCUGCGCCUAGGGGAUGAGCUGGAACACAUCCGACCAAACCUUUACCGCAAUAUCGCCCGUCAGCUGAACAUCUCGCUGCAUUCAGAGACUGUGGUGACUGAUGCUUUCCUGGCGGUGGCUGCUCAGAUCUUCACAGCAGGCAUCACGUGGGGCAAGGUGGCGUCACUCUAUGCUGUGGCAGCUGGGCUGGCUGUGGACUGCGUAAGACAUGCCCAGCCAGCAAUGGUUCAUACCAUCGUGGACUGCUUGGGAGAGUUUGUGCGCAAGACCUUGGUGACGUGGCUGAAGAGGAGAGGAGGCUGGGCUGACAUCACAAAAUGCGUGGUGAACACUGAUCCUAGCCUUCGCUCUCAUUGGCUUGUGGCUGCCGUUUGUAGCUUUGGUCACUUCCUUAAAGCCAUCUUCUUUGUGCUGUUACCAGAGAGAUGAAUUUCAGUUGCCAAAUGCAGCUCCAAGCUCCAUCUCCUCCCACACUGCAAAAGCAAUGAUAACUGCAGACCUAUCUGAUACUGAGGAGAAGGAACAAGAGAGAGGCUGGGAUAAAAAUGAAAGCAUUUCUCCCCUCUCCCUUCAAUGGAGAGCACCUGAUUGACUGCAGUCCUUCUUUCUUCAGCCACGGAAAACUUCUCGCGUACUCAAAGUAGUCCUCUUGAAUACCCUUAUUUUUCCUGGAGUCUCUUCAAUGACCAGGAUGAAGCCAGUCCCUGAGCAGACUCAUUGCUCAACUUGCCAUUGUGUGCUGUGUUUAGCAUGGAUAUUCAUACAUAUAUUUAUUUUGGGACUACGUUAAACACACACCAAUAUCAGGGUAAAUGGCGGGAACAAUGUCUAAAAUGGCAUCAAAGGAAACACGUCCCUCAUUUGUUAAGUAGAACAUCUUUGUUUUAAUUUCCAGAACCACCUUUGCUAGGCGCUCUUGUUAGUAAAUCAGUUGUUAACUUGGUCAUCUUCUUUCUACCCAAGCCUGACCAUUGUGCUUUUGUGCAUGGUACACAAUGGUUAAAGGGGCUCUGUUUUGAGGAUGUGAAGUGGUGAAUUACCAACUGAGCUAAAAGCAGCGCUACCCCCUGAAGUCACUUAGAAACUAGGAUGGUGACUUUGUGAUGGUGAGAACCACCAGAAUUCAGUUUGAGGUAUGCGUUGAGAAGUUAAAGGCAUGCUUAGCUUAUCUAUGUACCAUAUUGUAACAGAAGUUCAAAUAGGAGUGCAGUAGCAGAUACUACCUGCCCUAAAUUAAUUUAAUGUCGUGUUUUAUCUGGCUGAACAAAACAGUGGGAGCAAAGUAGCACUUUCCAAAAUGACAGCAGGUGUUUGAGCAUUAUGCUAAAGAGGAACUUUUCCUCCACAGAGGAAUUUAGAUGGAGCCAAACCAAUAACAUAUGUAAGUAAGAUGUGUGUUGGGGGGGGGGAGGGAGGGGGGGGCUGGCAAAAACUGUAAGUGAGCAGUAUCAUGUUAUGAAAAGAAGUGCAUCAAAAGUGACAGAUAAAUGUUUCUUUUAGCAUAUUAUGAAGUGCAACUUGCAGUCUUCCAUUGUGAUAAACAAUAAAAAAUAGGUGGCCUAA